CUUGUAGCAGCAGACCGCUCUGUUCUUUUGUGCAAGCAGUUGGGAUUGUUCUCGGCCCCUUCUGUCACCCCCUGAGUGUGCUGUGGAGUGAGUGGAGGGGAGGGUCACCGUUCGGUUAUCCAGACGGGUCCUGGGCCAUCUGAGGAAGAGGAGGAGGGAGUGCACCUGCCCCCGAAAACAGCUGCUCAGAGCUGGACAUGCACAUCAGCUCUUCUGCUGGGGGUCUCGGACUGACAUAGCCUCGGCCAAUCACAGACUGAAUUAGAGGUGGCGGCCCGUAUAGGGCGUGAUGGCGGCCAUGCCGUUCGUCAGCGAGGGGAAGUGUGUGAGCGUGGAGUGGGACUUCCUACAGGGGCUCCUUGCCAAACCACCCACCUUACCCUGCUUGCAAAACUUGAGGAAGGAGAAGUCGCGCAAUGCCGCUCGUUCUCGGCGGGGCAAAGAGAACUUUGAGUUCUUUGAGCUGGCGAAGAUGCUGCCCCUCCCUGGCGCAAUCACCAGCCAGCUAGACAAAGCUUCCAUCAUCCGCCUCACCAUCAGUUACCUGCACAUGAGACACUUUGCCAGUCAGGGAGACCCGCCCUGGAGCCCUCUACUGGAAGGAGAGAACAGCUGCAACAAGGUGAGAAGAACAAGUCAUUCAUUGAUCAAAGACAUAUUUGAGCAGCAUCUUGGAGCUCAUCUACUACAGUCUCUGGAUGGAUUUGUGUUCGUUGUCAGUCAAGAAGGCAGAUUCCUUUAUAUCUCUGAGACUGUCUCCAUCUACCUUGGCCUUUCACAGGUUGAGUUAACUGGCAGCAGCGUAUUUGAUUAUAUUCACCCCGCGGACCAUGUCGAGAUGGCAGAGCGUCUUGGCAUUAAGCCACACCUCCGGGCGGAGGCAGGCUGUCAAACGUCCCAUGAAAGUGCUUCAAGUUCUGCCUCCACAUCUUCAUUGGCAGGAACUCCAGAACCAGCCCCAUCCAGUCCUUGUUCUCCUGUCAGUGAGUUGGCAGAACGUGGCUUUUUCAUCCGGAUGAAAUCCACCCUUACCAAGCGUGGCCUCCACGUAAAAUCUUCUGGUUAUAAAGUGAUUCAUGUGACAGGUCGUAUUCGCUGUCGGCCUGCCCUGGUGCCUGGCUCCUUCCGUCCUUUGCAUCGGCCAAUGGGAUUAGUCGCUCUGGCUCACACGCUUCCGCCUUCCAUGGUUAAUGAGGUGCGCAUGGAAAGUCACAUGUUUGUGUUCCGAGUCAACAUGGACUUACAAGUCACCUACUGUGAGAACAGGAUUUCAGAGUAUAUGGACCUCAGUCCAGCAGAGGUGGUUGGACACACCUGCUAUCACUUCAUCUAUGUGGAAGACCUGGACACCAUCAGGCAGAGCCAUGAAGACUUGCUGCGGAAAGGGCAGGUUGUGACGGGGUAUUAUCGUUGGUUGCAGAAGAGAGGAGGGUAUCUAUGGAUUCAAUCUUGCGCUACUGUGUCCAUUAACCACAAAGCGCCCCAUGAGCGCAAUGUCAUCUGGGUUAACUAUGUGCUCAGUCGACCAGAGCUGGCAGACAUGCCUCUGGACUUAUUACAACUCCCAGAAAGCCUGAGGGCAGAGCGGCUUCAAGCAUGCUCCUCCCCACGCAACACUUCCCCAAAUGCACAAGGGUCAACAGUCACGCAGCCAUUGAAAGGCAGUGCAGUUAGUACUGAGCCAGACCGCAAACGGAAGGAACCCUACUCGCACUCCAGCCAAUCAGAGGACACCAGGAAGAGAUCCCACCAUUCCGAUCCUGAAAGCGUUCCUCCAGAGCCGAGAAGGCGGUUGGAGGUGUUCCGGCAGAGAGAGGAAAGCCCAUCUACCUCCUUGGACCAAGCCAGUGACAGUGAGGUAGAAGAAGAGGAGGAGAGAGAGAAUGAGUGGGACCAUACUCCGAGCAACAAACGGGUAAAGAGUGAGAAUGGGGCAUUGAGACAAGGCAAUGGUUCCAAUGGAGCAGAUGAGAUCCAUAAUGGCCGAGCUGUGAUCCAGCAUCUAAAGAGCGCUGUGACCAGUUCUAGCUCAAAUAUCAAGAUGGAACAGGAGGUGAUGGGGACAAGUAUAGGCUCAGGGUCUGGGAGACGUUGGAGCCAACCUCCACCCAGCUCGCAUGCAUCCAGUGGAGGAACAAACAGCAGCAGUCCACCUUCUCAGCCUCCAAAUUCCACCCCAUCUGAAGCUCAACCCAAGAGUCUGUUCAACCCACCAUCCCCAACCAUGUCUCCACCCAUCUCAGCCUUGCCCCUACCUAGAGAUGAUCGGUCAAUUCACGGAGGGUGUGUUCCGGACUUUGAGCUACUCCAGAGACUGACUGCGAGUGGGGCAGCGGGACGCAUGCUCUUUCACCCCUUGGCUCUUGGUCCACAGGGGCCUCAGAGUCUCUACGCUCCCAGUACUAUUCGCUAUGCCCCACCUGAGAUGCCUACAGUGCAAAGACACCGCUCAGACCACACCACCAAAACUCCAGCUUUCUUCCCCCACCUCCAGAGGAUCACUUCUCUGCCUCCCUUCAGUGGCUUUUCCCCCACAGAACCGCCCUUUACUCCAAAUCUGCCCUUCUGUAUGAAUGGACUGAGGGGGGCUGCUGGGACAGAUGAGGAUUGAGAGAGAAAAUAGAGAGAGAAGAUAAUGAAAAGGGGAGGCAGUGGCAGAGAUGAUAGGGAAUAGGGCACAAUGCUAAAAAAGGGACUAAAGAAAGUUUGUCAAACAGUCUUCCCAGUGUCCUCUCCAGUUUCUUCUGUGUAAAUUUGUUAGUGUGUCUUCCUCUCUCUGGACAAAACAGUUAAAGCCAUACUGAAUAUAUGAAGGACAUCAGGCAAUGACAUGUUAGGGGUAAUUGAUAGGGCCAAAGGGUCUGAGCAUUUGGAUGUAUAGAGGAUGCAUCGUAGGCAGGGGGAGAACUAAGAACAUUAUACUUUACAGUAAAAAUUAAAAGAUACUCAAGCCAGCAUUUGGUGUUCCUCAGCUUCCACACCAGCAGAACCCUCUGAAGAACCUCAAGGCACCCUUUAAAGGAGCAUCAAAUAUUAUAUUUAUGUACUCUAGGAACUUAAAGACAUAGUUAAAAGAGUCUUGAAGCCCUUACCUUAUGAUAGGGUUACUGAAGGAACCAUUGACAGACCUUAAGAGCUUUUUAUAGUUCUUGCAGGAACAAAGACUUAGUUUCUUAGGGAAAUGAAAGGGUGUCUGGAGGAUCUCCAAAAGGCUCUACCUGUGUGGCAUCUGAGGAACCACAUAUUGUGCCUUGAAUAUCUUUUAUUUUUUUGCAGAGCGGGCCCACUAAGGUGGCCUACUCAUUGGGCACAUGAGAGAGGGGGCCCACCUAUAAAUGUUUUGUGAAUUAAUUUAAGCAGCGGUCCUGGGAUAUGCAAGUAUGGACAAAAGCAGCAUGGCAGGCAAUUGCCAAAAAAGACAUUCCAAUGAAAAGAUACAGAAGAAAGCACAGUCCACAGAGGGAUCAUACUAAUAAUGUGAGUUUAGAACUUUUGAACACUGUAGAAUUUUAAUUUUUGUAAAAGAAAAAAGAUAAUUGUCUUUAAGCAAAAUGAAUCAUUUGAAAAAUGUUUUCACAUCCAUAUAUAGCCAACGCUGCAAUUGGACAAUGCAUAUGUUCAAAGGCUCUAAAAACCCUAUGACCCACAAGUAUCAUGGACAAACUUUCCUAUCAAGUAAAUUCUGGUCUG